AUGGCACAUUCCCGUUUUCUUGAUGGUUGCGAAGAACGCGGAAGACUUUUAAUUCCACUUGAAGGAUACGAAGACUAUCCGUUACUGUCGUUAGAAGAAGCAGCUGAGCCUAUCCAACACCUAUGUCAAAAUUUACUAGCCAAAGUUUGGAUUAUUAAAGAACAACGUGAAAAUCUACCUGAUGAUUUUCUUUCAAUCGAUGAAGUAGCGGCAAUUCAAUUAUACACACUUGAAUGGAAUCCAUCUCACAAUACUGUUUAUUAUCAACUUAAUGACGUAUUACGAUCGAAAGAACGUGAACAACUAAUAUCACCAUGGUUUUUGUAUUUGAAACUAUUUCUUACUGCUCUAUUCAAAUUACAAUCUGUUCAAACAACGAUUUGGCGUGGAGUAAGAGGCGAUUUGAGUGAGCAAUAUCCAGGAGGGAAGAAAGUAAUUUGGUGGGGAUUUAGUUCAUGCACAGAAUCAAUUGAAGUUCUUGAAAUAGAUAAAUUCCUUGGAAAAGAUGGUGAUAGAACGUUAUUUUCUAUUCAAUGUUUGAAUGGUAAAUCAAUUAAAAAAUAUUCGUCAUUCAGUGAAAAUGAAAUGUUAUUAAUGCCAGCAACAUAUUUAGAAGUAAUUAGUAUACUGCAUGCUGCGAAUGGUUUACACAUUAUUCAUCUAAAAGAAUUGAUACCACCAUAUGAACUACUUAAAUCACCAUCUAAAAAGGCACUGGCAGACGCCUUGAAAGUCAAUAAAACGCUCACGCAGUUAAAACUAAGUUCGAACUAUAUAUUUGGUGAAGGAGGUAUAGUACCGGCACAGGCCUUGAAACUAAAUAAAACUCUCACUCAACUUGAUUUCGAUUACAACCAAAUAUCUACUCGAGCAGGUGAAGCACUGGCAGUCGCCUUAAAAGAAACUCAUAUUCUCACUCAACUUAAUCUUGAACAGAAUGAAAUAUCUGAUCGAGGAGGUGAAGCCCUAGCAGAUGUCUUAAAAGUAAAUAAAACUCUUACUCAACUAAAUGUACGCUCGAACCAACUAUCCGAGCGCGGAGGUGAAGCACUCACAAAUGCAUUGAAACUAAAUACAGCUCUCACUCAACUAAAUCUGGGUUAG